UUACUGUGCACCUUUCACUCUCAUCGAUUCACUCAUGUACCGCGGGUGAAAUUUCGAAGGAGGUUUGUGAAGGCAUCAUCAUUUCAUCUUCUAUCGUCCGUCGGAUAUCUCCCUGAUUAAGUCGCCAAAAACCAAACAUGAGCGCCGAAACAUUAAGUGAAGAACAAAUUGGUGAAUUCAAGGAGGCUUUUUCGCUCUUUGACAAGGAUGGUGAUGGCACCAUCACCACCAAGGAGCUGGGAACAGUCAUGAGGUCACUGGGUCAGAACCCCACUGAGGCUGAGCUGCAGGAUAUGAUCAACGAAGUCGAUGCUGAUGGCAACGGAACUAUCGACUUUCCCGAGUUCUUGACGAUGAUGGCGAGGAAAAUGAAAGAAACGGAUUCAGAAGAGGAGAUCAGAGAAGCUUUCAGGGUUUUUGACAAGGAUGGAAACGGUUUCAUCAGCGCUGCCGAGCUUCGUCACGUGAUGACCAAUCUUGGUGAGAAGUUGACAGAUGAGGAGGUCGAUGAGAUGAUCAGAGAGGCUGAUGUAGAUGGAGAUGGACAGGUCAAUUAUGAAGAAUUCAAGGAGGCUUUUUCGCUGUUUGACAAGGAUGGUGAUGGCACUAUCACCACCAAGGAGCUGGGAACAGUCAUGAGGUCACUGGGUCAGAACCCCACCGAGGCUGAGCUGCAGGAUAUGAUCAAUGAAGUCGAUGCUGAUGGUAACGGGACGAUUGAUUUCCCCGAGUUUUUGACGAUGAUGGCGAGGAAGAUGAAGGAAACGGAUAGCGAGGAAGAAAUCAAAGAAGCUUUCAGAGUAUUUGACAAAGAUGGAAAUGGUUUUAUCAGUGCUGCUGAGCUUCGUCACGUGAUGACCAAUCUCGGUGAAAAGUUGACAGAUGAGGAGGUCGAUGAGAUGAUCAGAGAGGCAGACAUUGAUGGAGACGGACAGGUCAAUUAUGAAGAAUUCAAGGAGGCUUUUUCGCUGUUUGACAAGGAUGGUGAUGGCACUAUCACCACCAAGGAGCUGGGAACAGUCAUGAGGUCACUGGGUCAGAACCCCACUGAGGCUGAGCUGCAGGAUAUGAUCAACGAGGUCGAUGCUGAUGGCAAUGGGACCAUUGAUUUUCCCGAGUUUUUGACGAUGAUGGCGCGAAAAAUGAAAGACACAGAUUCAGAAGAAGAGAUCAGGGAAGCCUUCAGAGUCUUUGACAAGGACGGAAACGGUUUCAUCAGUGCUGCAGAGCUUCGGUGUCAAGCUGACCAACUGACUGAAGAGCAAAUUGCUGAAUUCAAGGAGGCGUUCUCCCUGUUUGACAAGGAUGGCGACGGCACCAUCACCACCAAGGAGUUGGGAACAGUCAUGAGGUCACUGGGUCAGAACCCAACUGAGGCUGAGCUGCAGGAUAUGAUCAACGAGGUCGAUGCUGAUGGAAAUGGAACAAUUGACUUCCCCGAGUUCUUGACGAUGAUGGCGCGGAAGAUGAAAGACACAGAUUCAGAGGAAGAGAUCAGAGAAGCCUUCAGAGUAUUCGACAAGGACGGAAACGGUUUCAUCAGUGCUGCUGAGCUUCGUCACGUGAUGACCAAUCUCGGUGAGAAGUUGACAGAUGAGGAGGUCGAUGAGAUGAUCAGAGAGGCAGACAUUGAUGGAGAUGGACAGGUCAACUACGAAGAGUUCGUGAAGAUGAUGACAUCGAAAUAAUUCUCCAGUGCCCAAGUUGCACCUUCAGAAGCCUUGAGAUUUCUUAAAGAAAUAUUCUUUUUGUCUCUUUUUCGUAAUCUUGGUCUAUACUGAUGUCUCCUUCAUCAGUUGAAACAUGUAUAGAUCCACCAUGACAUGGUGUGCUGCAUUCAAUUUCAAUCAUUUUUAGAGGUUAUUGCUAGAAAGUGGAAGUUAUUUGUUAGACCCACAAAUUAGUAAACCCCGUUUUGGCUUUCAAAUUAAUACCGCAAUUUUCAGCCUUCUUUUUGAAACCGGUUUAUUGUGAACUAGUAUACUAGCAAAGCUCUUUUGUCUAUCGUACUUUUGUACAUUUUGUGCACGAAUCGAAAACUUUGGGAAUUUUCUGGUUUGCUUUUUCUUCCUACUGCACUGACGCAGGGUUUUUGUCAAGUUGGCAAACAAAACGGCUGACAGUUAGGCUGGUACGUUUAAUGAGAUAACUGUGAGAAUCGUUGUUGGAGACAGGGAACCUAACUUCAUUUCUUUUUUAAACUCAAAAAGUCGUAUUUCGCAGAUUUAAUAGCGGCCUUUAGUACAGGCAUAUGAAACCGGCUGAUAAUUAUCAAAGUGAAAAUGUGUAACUAAAUCAUGUUGAUUCCUAUUGUUGGAGUUAUUUUAAGUAUAUAUUUUUGGUAUGGCCUAAACGUUCCUCUUAUUUUUCUUAUUUGCUUGUAAAUCAACCUAGUCGCCAUAUUCGCGGAUUCUUAAGUUAAUGGUUGGUCAGAUUUAAUCUAUGCACGAAACUGACUUUCUUCGAGAUGUAGUGCCUUUGGAGAAAUAUGUCGUCAUUCCUGUAAUUUGUUUAAUUAAUUUUUUCAGUGCCUAUAGAUUUUAAUAAAAAGAAACUCGCUUUCAGAGUACCAAUCAAAAAGUA